AUGAAAGAAUUCUAUGAAAUUCGUGGAGAAAAUCGAGUGAGUUUUUAGAUGUUUUUUUAAAAAUUAUAUUGAAAGUUUGAAUAUUUUCAGAAAUGUUAUAUUUGGGAGAGUGUUCUGGCAAUGUGGGAUGAUACUUUGGCAACAUUUUGGCGGAUUUUUGGUGAAGAAAUAUUUGAAGUACACCUUAAAACUUCUGAAUUUUCUGAAAUCUGUUCAGAAGGAUAUUGGGAAUGUGUUGAGAUAACUGGAACAUGUGCAAAUAAUUCAAAAUAUAUUUGUCAUUCAACAAGUCCAAAACAUGCUAUGGAAAUAAUGAAGGUUAUCUUUUUCUUCUUUGAAAAGCCGUAUCAAGUUUUUUCACAAGUUUUCUGCUGAACUGUUUUAUUUUUUUCUAGGUUCUGCCAUCUUGUAUCACUUCACUAUCGAUUCGUUUCGACCCGAAUCCAUUGCGAAAUUGGGAAAAAUCAAAAAUAGAUCAACGCAUUGAAGAAUGGAGAAAUGUUUGCCAUAAACUUUGUCCCGAUUUUCCAGAGAAUUCCAACCUAAUUUUCGAUUUUCAAAUGAUAUAA